GGAUGUGAGUGGUUGGAGUUGCCGUCCGAUUGCUUUGGAAAAGUGGUGGUUCCAAUCCACGAAGCCCAACGACGCAAUGUAAUCGACUGAAAGGUGUCAUAUAUUUUUGCACAAGAAUCCGUUCAAUCUAGCUUCUGCUUCGAGUCGUCUGGGUGCACGUUGAAACUUCGAGGCCUGCUUUGUUAGCCUAGCCUAGUUUAGCAGCUAACAAAGAGAAACAACGCGCCUGGGAUAAACACGUCGCCGCGCAAGCAAACGUCAAGUCCCAAAUGUCAGAUGUCAGUCAAGCUCAUUGUCCUGAACGCCAGGAGUCUCCUCGCAUGGAAAAAGAGUUGCCAUACAUCAAGAAGGUGGAGGAAGAAUUCGUCCAAAUUAAAGAGGAGCAGGAGGAGUACUGCAUUAGACUGCAGAACCCCCACAUUGAGGAGCAGCAGCAACCUGAUCCCCUCAAAAAGGAGGAGGACGACCCUUCAUAUGUUAAAAUGGAGGUGAUUGUCAUCCCCAAGUGGACUUAUGAGCCCUUGAAGCGAGAUGGAGUUCCGAGUGAAGCCAGCAGAGGGGCGGAGCUUCUGAGUGGCAGCAGUUCAAAAGGAUUCCAAGCAGGCAAGCUCAUCGCUCGACCAUCAGAGAGUGACGACUUCACAUCACACUCGCUGUUCUGUUUCAGAAAAUAUCUUGGUGCUGAGCCAGAAUCUCCUGGCGUAAAAGAGGAUGUUGAGCUCCCCCAAAUCAAAGAGGAGCCAAAGCCCUGUCAACAAAAGCAACUUCCAAUCAAAAAGGAGGAGGAGGAGCUGCCAUAUGGUAAAGAGGAGGAGGAGCGUAUCACCAGGUGGACUGGUGAUCCCUUGAAGAGUGAAGAUGGUCUGAAUGAGGCCGGCAGAGGGGCGAAGCCUCCAAGCGGCAGCAGCUCAACAGAAGGAUUGCAAGCAGACACUUUCAUCGCUCCAUCAGACAAAGAUGGCGCCACGUCACACUCACCUUACAAUGAUGAUGGUCAUAAGACAUCUCACGGUGACGACAAACUCUGCAAAUGCUCUCAGUGUGGGAAAACCUUUGCUAAUAAGUAUAAUUGUCGGAUGCAUAGGAGGAGCCAUACUGGUGAAAAGGCUUUUUUUUGCUUGGUUUGUGGAAAAGGUUUUGUUUCGGUGGGAAACCUAAAACAACACACAAGAAUCCACACUGGCGAAAAACCUUUUGCCUGCGCGACUUGUGGUAAAGGAUUCUCUCAAAAGCAACACUUACAAAGUCACGAAAGAACCCACGCUGGUGAAAAGCCUUUUUCCUGCUCAGUUUGUGGAAAAGGUUUUGUUCAAGCGGGAGACUUAACAAGACACACGAGAACCCACACUGGCGAAAAACCUUUUUCUUGCCUAGUUUGUGAUAAAAGAUUCAGUGACAGGACCACCUUAAAAAAUCACACAAGAACCCACACUGGCAAAAAACCUUUUUCCUGCUCAGUUUGUGGUCAAAGAUUCAGUCAUAAGAGCAUCCUAAAACAACACAUAAGAACCCACACUGGCGAAAAACCUUUUUCCUGCUCAGUUUGUGGUCAAGGAUUCUCUCAAAAGCAACACUUACAAAUUCACGAAAGAACCCACACUGGCAAAAAACCAUUUUCCUGCCCAAUUUGUGGGCAAAGUUUCGCGCAAAAGGAACACUUAAACGAACACAGGAGAACCGACACUGGAGAAAAACCUUUUUCCUGCCUAGUUUGUGAUAAAAGAUUCAAUGACAAGACCACCUUAAAAAAUAACAGAAGAACCAACACUGGCGAAAAAACGUUUUCCUGCCCAGUUUGUGAUAAAAGAUUCAUUUACAAGACCACCUUAAAAGAACACACAAGAACCCACAGUGGCGAAAAACCUUUUCCAUGCUCAGUUUGUGGUCAUAGAUUCAAUCAUAAGAGCAUCCUAAAACAACACAGAAGAACCCACACUGGCGAAAAACCUUUUUCCUGCUCAGUUUGUGGUCAAGGAUUCUCUCAAAAGCAACACUUACAAAGUCACGAAAGAACCCAUACUGGCGAAAAACCUUUUUCCUGCUCAGUUUGUGGUCAAAGAUUUGCUCGGGGGGAACUCCUCAAACGACACAUAAGAACCCACACUGGUGAAAAACCUUUUUCCUGCUCAGUUUGUGGUCAAGGAUUCUCUCAAAAGCAACACUUAAACGAACACACGAGAACCCACACUGGCGAAAAACCUUUUUCUUGCCUAGUUUGUGAUAAAAGAUUUAGUCAAAAGUCCACCUUAAAAAAUCACACAAGAACCCACACUGGCGAAAAACCUUUUCCAUGCUCAGUUUGUGGUCAGAGAUUCAGUCAAAAGUCCACCUUAAAACAACACACAAGAACCCACACUGGCGAAAAACCUUUUUCUUGCCUAGUUUGUGAGAAAAGAUUCAGUUACAAGACCACCUUAAAAAAACACACAAGAACCCACAGUGGCGAAAAACCUUUUCCAUGCUCAGUUUGUGGUCAUAGAUUCAAUCAUAAGAGCAUCCUAAAACAACACAGAAGAACCCACACUGGCGAAAAACCUUUUUCCUGCUCAGUUUGUGGUCAAGGAUUCUCUCAAAAGCAAAACUUACAAAGUCACGAAAGAACCCAUACUGGCGAAAAACCUUUUUCCUGCUCAGUUUGUGGUCAAAGAUUUGCUCGGGGGGAACACCUCAAACGACACACAAGAACCCACACUGGUGAAAAACCUUUUUCCUGCUCAGUUUGUGGUCAAGGAUUCUCUCAAAAGCAACACCAACAAAGUCAUGAAAGAACUCACACUGGCGAAAAACCUUUUUCCUGCUCAGUAUGUGGUCGAGGUUUCACUGCGAAGAUAAACUUACAAAAACACAUAAGAACUCACACUGGCGAAAAACCUUUAGAUUAGGUUAGGGUUGGGGGGGGUUACGUUUGUAUUCAUGGUACACUUUAUUUUUGUGAUUGCAUUUCUGUUUGGACUUUGCCAUUUCGUGUUUUACCUUUUCUGGCCAUCAACGUCUUUGGUUCUCUCGCCGACUGCCAUCAUUUAUAUCAUAAUCUCCUAUUCAAACUACACUUUUCACAUUUCAUAUUUAAAACCGCAAACCCCAAAUUCCAAAAAUUCAAAAUCAUUCAUAUAUAUUGUCAUUAAAUAAAUAUGGAAAUUUAGAAUACAUUGUUCAAUAUUGCAAAAAUAAUAAUGAUAAAAAAAAUUAAAAAACUGGCUCCCAAAUGAGUUUUUUUGUGUGGGUGUUAAUGUAAAUAUAUAUUUUUUUCCCAAUUACUAUUACUACUCGGGAUUGACAGAGUAUGAGAGCCAAAUAAACAAAAAUAAAGAAGAAAAAAGGACUAUGACAGUAAAGUCGGGUUCUUACUACAAGAAUUGUUGUUUUUACUUGCAGCAAGUCAAGUUUUGGGAUCUCUUUUUUAUUUUUUUUAUUAAUUUUUUUAAAUAAAUAAAACGUGUGGAGUUUGCAUGUUCUCCCUGUGCCUGCGUGGGUUUUCUCCGGGAACUCCGGUUUCCUCCCACAUCCCAAAAACAUGCAGGGUAGGCUGAUUGAACACUCUAAAUUGACCGUAGGUAUGAGUGUGUGCAUGAAUGGUUGUACGUCUCCUUGUGCCCUGCGAUUGGCUGGCAACCAGUUCAGGGUGUACCCUGCCUACUGCCCGUAGUUAGCUGGGAUAGGCUCCAGCACCUCCGCAACCCUCGUGAGGAAAAGCGGCAUGGAAAAUGAAUGAAUGAAUAAAUAAAACACACAGAAUCAUUUCUGUAUUUAAUUUAGCAGAUUAUAUAUGUUUUGUGUUGAAAAUUUUGUUUUCUUAUAAUAACAUGGUCGCCACCUGACACCUACAGGGGUCGCAUUGAAUAAGGCGCUAUUGGAAUGGAAAAGUUCACUGUUGCCAUGUUUUUUUUUGUUAUAUUCUUUUUUUGUCAUAAUAUUCAAUUGAAGGUCGAAAAUGAACAUGAUUAUGAUGACAGCUCUAUAAUGCCCAGUGGGGAAAAGUUAGUUGAGGAUCUAGACUGUGGAGUCCAGAAAGGAAAUCUAUCUUUGGUGUCUUCACAUAGGUAGGAUGUUUUGUAGCCAUAUUAUUUGUUGUUGUUUAUUCGUGUGCAAUUUAUCUUAGUGUUGUGAAAAUGGGGUGUUAAACCGAGCUUUAUUGGACCUUUUAGUUUUCAAAUGUGUUCGUAUGUCAUUGCGGCAUCUAGCUGCGGGGAUUUGCAUAAUAAUACACGGGCACUUUUAUUUCCAAUACCAGAACACUAGGUUAAUUAGAACGCUGUCUUUAUAGUAGCCUAUUAGUAUCACGAAAACUAUCCGGCAUGCGUGUAUACUGCCAUGUAUGGAGAAAAUGCACCUGCAUGACAAAUUUUGACCGAAAUGGCUGAUUUUGGAUUGGAAAAACUAAAACAGAUCCUCAGCACCCCCUGCUGUGAGUGACUUUCGCCGCCCCUGUACCAGCCCCCGCCAUGAAAAUUUGACUCUGCUUCAAAGUGCUUGUACCUCAGCACUUGCUUGUUUUUAUUCUUAAUACCUUGUUUUUAUUCAGUCCACUACAUUUAAAUGUGCUUUUCCUAUUCUAUCCUAAUAUUCAGAGGUGGGUAGAGUAGCCAAAAUGUUUAAUCAAGUAAGAGUAGGGUUUCUUCUAAAUAUUACUUUAAAAGUAGUCAUCCAAAAAUGUACUCACGUAUAAGUAAAAAGUGUUCGUUAAAAAGAAUACUCAAGUAAUGAGUACAUUUAAAUGUACUUUUCAAAUUUAUACUAAUAUUCAGAGGUGGGUAGAGUAGCCCAAAAAAAUUUUAAUCAAGUAAAAUAAUUUCUUCUAAAUAAUAUUACUUUAAGUAAAAGUAGUCAUCCGAAAAUGUACUCAAGUAUAUGUAAAAAAAAAUAAGUUUUCGUUGAAAAUACUCAAGUAAUAAGAAGCAUUGUUAGUAACUGUUCACAAUGUCAGAUUAUUAUCAUUAUUAUUUUUUAAAUAAUGGUAUAUAUAGAUUUAUGGUAUAAUAUAAACAGUUUUUUGUUUCAGCACAACUUCAGCUACAUGAACUGUUAUUAUUAUAAGUAUAGUAUGGCAUGUUACAACUGAGUAUGAGGGCCUAAUAAAGAAAAAUGGUGUUGGGGAGAAAAUGAAAUGUUUUGGUAUAUCAUUUUUGUUAAAAAACUAUCUACUGUAAUACAUAAAACACAAAAAUGUGUGUAUUUAACUUGAGAGACUAAAUUUAUGUUGAAAAUGUUUUUGUUAAUAAC